AUAAUCAAAACCUAACCUCAAUAAUUCACAAUCGGCUAAUCGACGUAACAUUACUAUUAAAAACUAAAAUUAUUUUCAAAAUGUCAAUGUUUUUCAAUUCUUUAUUCAAAUUAUCACCGAGCUAUGGUAAUCGAUUAAUGUUUUCAUUGCGAGGGUUUCAUACAACUCAAGUUCAACAAUUGUAUUCUUUAUCGUCCCUGGGAGUUGAUGGAUAUCUACAAACUAGGAAAAGGAUAAGAGAGCAGUUUUCAAACUUUUCUGAUAAGUUUAGAGUCAAAAUGCAAGAUUUUGUAUCAGAUUCAAAAAAUAUGAUAUUUACAGAAGACUUAAAAAAUAUGAUACAUAUAGCUGAACCAGCUGAUUUGAACUUAGUUCUAGAAAUGAUUAAAAAGUUUAAUACACAAAAGACAGAAUUCAGAUUUGGUUCCUUUGUUUUUGGCCCGAUUGUUAUGAGAAUGUUUCAUUUUCUCGAUGCUCCAAAUGAAGCUCUUCAGUGUUUUGAAGAUCCAGACAAUGAUGGGUUUUUCGAUCAACUAGUGUCUUACCAAAUUUUACUGGACUUACUUUAUAACCACGAAAUGUAUGAUGAUAUGUACAAGGUAUUUCAAAGAGUUCAGGAAAAACAAUUAAAUAUGACAAAAUACCCUAAAUAUCCAUUUGUAUUAAUAAUGGCAGCUUGCUACAGACAGAACUCACCACAGAGCUUUGAGUAUGCAAAAAAACUAUGGUCAGAAAUGGUCAGCGUAGGCACUGUGCCAUUAAGAAGAACUGCUACUUUUAUGGCUGCAUUGGCGUUAAAUCAAGGAGCUCCUCACUUAGCAUUGGAGUCAUUAGCUUUACAGAAGCAACAUUACGUUACAGUUAGGAAUAUUCGGGCGAUAGCAUUGGCAGAAUUAGGACGAAUAGAUGAAGCUUUAACAGUAUUAAGAGGAGUGUUAGAUAUUGACCAACCAGAUCAGAAAGAUAAACAUACUUUCUUUGAAGAUACGAUUAAUAAAGUACGAGAAGCUGUUGAAAAAGCUGAUAAUAAGGAUGUAAAACAAGAAUUUGAGAAUAUUGAAAAUGCCCUUAAAGAUCGUCAAUUAAUUGAUAAACAGACAAUGGAUCAGUUAUUAACAUCAGACAUAAUCGUAAAGCAGACAAAACCAGACAGAUCUAGCCCCCGAGGGAUGCCGAAAAUGCCGUAUGGAAUGCGUCAGAAGACGAAAAAUUUAUCAUAAUUCUUGAUACAGAUAAAAUCUUGAGUAGAAUGUACAUAAUUGUAUGAAUGAAUAAUUAUUUUGUGCGGUUGUUUGUGAGAUUUAUUAUGUACGUAAUGUUGUGUUUGUUGAAUUUAGCUGUUUAAUAAAAAAUACAAUAUUUGCAAAAA